ACCACAUACCUGUCAUAAAAAAAUGAAAUCCAAACUACCCGUCAAACGUCCAGUCAGACCAAAGAACAACACCGCCAGACGAUGUCGAUUUCCAAAAACAAGCUUAAAAGCUGCCAACUUGAUCCCUAUUGCCCAAAGAGUUGCCAUCAUUAGCGACGCCAUUGCCGACGACGUCGAACUCCUCUUAAUUCAUUUCAGAAGUGUAAUUCCUUCCCACAUUGUAUCCGAUCUCACAGCUCACCCUAUUUUUCUCUCUCCAAUAGAAACCAAAACACGAAUUCCACGACUUUGACGAUGUCUGGAACGAGCUGCAUUUUGGUCUCAUUCACUUUACUUGUGUCAAGAGAGAAUUUCGGGCGACGUUUAUGAAUGCGUUUUAUGCAUGUGUAUUAGACUAUCUACAAAGCAACUCUCCCAUUAUAAAAGCAGGUGCCAUCUUUGCCCUGUAUUUUCUCUUUGCCUCUCAACCUACUGUCUGGGGUAAAAACAGAAUUCGAGUAUCCAGUGAAACAUGGGCAUGCUUGUUUGAUUUUUAUGUGGAAUCGAUCAAGAGUGGAACACAUGUAGAAGCUGGAUUGAUCUUUGAUAAACUUCGAAAGAUGGGAGCCUUUGUGUUUGUCCAGGAGGAAGAAAUCGAUAGCUAUCCCGUGCAGGCCAAGAUCGAGUUUGAAAGGCCCAUCAAGAUGCUCCAACAAUUAAACGACAUUCGACUCAAUAUGAUCAAGGAAGAGCCUAUUGAUUUAUGCAUGCAAUUUAAUUCGGAAUACGAUGAAUUAGCAAAGCAAUACGGAGAGGCCAAACAAGAAACCUAUUACACAUCACAAGCAACGUUGGCUACCCAGCGAAAUAUGAAGGAGACUUUAAACGUUACAGAAAAACGGCCGAGAUUGCUCCAAAAUGUAUUGCUUACCAGCACGCUGGGGAAAGAUGAAACAGACACCAUGAAACGUCUACGGGUCACUUACGAGCAGAUGUGGAAUUCAAAAAGAAAGAAACUUCAGCAACGACAACCAGAGAUCUAAUGUUUUUUUUCUUUUUCUUUUUUUUCUUCUUUUGGCUCAUGAAAAGAUACUCAUGACAUCACUUUUUCGUAUUUUUGAAACACAAUUGGCCAAAAUUUCCUAUUCGCGACAGCACAAAAGGGGUGGGAGUAUUUAAAGAUUUCAUAAAUUUUAUAUUUCCUCCCAUUUUUUUUUCUCUUUACUCUUUUUUUUUUUUUUUUUUUUCUUUU